AUGGCCGGCGGCGAGAGCUCGGGCGAGCGGGGCGCGUGGGAGGCGGCUAGCACCGUGUUCCGCAUCGCGAAGGUGGGCCUGUCGCUGGCGUCGGCCGUCAUGACGGCCACCUCGAAGCAGUGCGCGUUCCGGCCGGACGGCGGCGGCCUCGCCGGCGCAGCCUCAUAUAGCGACUACGGCUCCUUACAGUACGCGGCGCUGGCCAACCUGCUGUCGGCGGUGCUCCAGGGCGUGGCGAUCUUCCUGGAGGCGGUCGGGAAGGGGAGGUGGGCCAAGGCCGUGGAGCUCGUCGACAAGCUCGCGCUGGCGCUCACGUCGACGUCCGCGCCGCUGCUGCUCGCCCUCGACGACAUCGCCUCCUGCGGGCCGCCCCGUGGCGGCGGUGGGAGCCGCGCGGCUCGCCGCCGGCAGCGCACGGGCUUCGGCAACAAGCUUGAACUGGCGUCGUACGCCAACCUCUCCACGGUGGUCUUGGCUGCGGGCAACGAAGUCGUGAAGAAACUCAAGCGAUGA